AUGGCUACCAAGCAGAAAAAGUUGCCUCUGACAACACUGGCUCAGUGUCUGAUGGAGGGGUCAGCUAUCCUGGGAGAUGACACACUUCUUGGGAAGAUGCUGAAACUCUGUGGAGAGACAGAGGACAAGCUGGCCCAGGAGCUGAUACACUUUGAAUUGCAAGUAGAGAGAGAUGUGAUUGAGCCCCUGUUUCUGCUGGCUGAGGUGGAAAUCCCAAACAUUCAAAAGCAGAGGAAACACUUAGCCAAGUUGGUGCUGGACAUGGAUUCUUCACGAACCAGGUGGCAGCAGACUUCCAAGUCUUCAGGUUUGUCCAGCAGCUUACAGCCUGCAGGUGCCAAAGCUGAUGCCCUCAGGGAAGAAAUGGAGGAGGCUGCCAACAGAGUGGAGAUUUGCAGGGACCAGCUGUCAGCUGACAUGUACAGUUUCGUGGCCAAAGAAAUUGACUAUGCAAACUACUUUCAAACGCUGAUAAAAGUGCAAGCUGAAUACCACAGAAAGUCACUGACACUCUUGCAGGCUGUGUUGCCUCAGAUCAAAGCACAACAGGAGGCCUGGGUGGAGAAGCCCUCUUUCGGGAAGCCUCUGGAGGAGCACCUCACCAUCAGCGGCCGGGAGAUCGCCUUCCCCAUUGAGGCGUGUGUGACGAUGCUGCUUGAGUGUGGGAUGCAGGAGGAGGGACUCUUCCGAGUAGCUCCCUCUGCCUCCAAGCUGAAGAAGCUGAAAGCUGCCCUGGACUGCUGUGUGGUGGAUGUGCAGGAGUACUCGGCAGACCCCCACGCGAUCGCAGGAGCUUUGAAGUCUUACCUCCGAGAAUUGCCAGAACCUCUUAUGACCUUUGAACUCUAUGACGAGUGGAUCCAGGCCUCCAAUAUCCAGGAGCAAGAUAAGAAGCUUCAGGCUCUAUGGAAUGCUUGUGAAAAGUUGCCUAAGGCCAAUCACAACAACAUCCGAUACUUGAUCAAAUUUUUAUCCAAGCUAUCAGAAUAUCAAGAUAUAAACAAGAUGACUCCCAGUAACAUGGCAAUUGUUUUAGGACCCAACCUCCUGUGGCCACAAGCAGAAGGGAACAUCACGGAGAUGAUGACCACAGUCUCCCUGCAGAUUGUCGGGAUCAUCGAACCCAUCAUCCAGCAUGCGGACUGGUUCUUCCCCGGGGAGAUAGAGUUCAACAUUACAGGCAAUUAUGGGAGUCCAGUGCACGUGAACCAUAAUGCCAACUACAGCUCAAUGCCUUCCCCAGACAUGGACCCCGCUGACCGGCGCCAGACCGAGCAGGCCCGCCGGCCCCUCAGCGUCGCCACGGAUAAUAUGAUGCUGGAGUUUUACAAAAAGGAUGGCCUUAGGAAAAUCCAAAGCAUGGGUGUGAGGGUCAUGGACACCUCUUGGGUGGCUCGAAGAGGCUCCUCAGCCGGUCGGAAAGCGUCCUGCGCCCCGCCCUCCAUGCAGCCGCCCGCGCCGCCCGCAGAGCUGGCCGCGCCCCUGCAGUCGCUGCCGUCGCCGCUGCCGGAGCAGCCCCUGGACAGCCCCGCGCCGCCCGCGCUCUCCCCGUCCGGCGUGGGCCUGCAGCCCGGGCCCGAGCGCACCAGCACGUCUAAAAGCAAGGAACUCUCUCCAGGGUCUGGGCAGAAAGGAAGUCCAGGCUCCAGCCAGGGGACAGCCGGUGCAGGGACACAGCCAGGGGCACAGCCAGGUGCCAGCCCCAGCCAGCCGCCCGCAGACCAGAGCCCUCACACCCUUCGGAAAGUUUCAAAGAAGUUGGCACCAAUUCCACCCAAGGCCCCCUUUGGCCAGCCGGGGGCUGUGGCUGAGCAGUGCACGGGCCAGCCGUCCCCAGUCAGCCUGUCUCCCACCCCCCCAAGCACCCCGUCGCCCUACGGACUGAGCUACCCCCAGGGGUACUCCUUGGCCUCGGGCCAGCUGUCCCCGGCCGCGGCCCCUCCCCUGGCCUCUCCCUCUGUCUUUACAAGCACUUUGACCAAAUCUCGGCCCACUCCUAAGCCCCGACAGAGACCUACCCUGCCGCCUCCUCAGCCUCCCACUGUCAACCUCUCCGCCUCUAGUCCCCAGUCCGCGGAGUCCCCCCUGCUGGACGGCGUGUCCCCUGGGGAAAGCAUGUCUACAGAUCUCGUCCACUUUGACAUCCCUUCGAUCCACAUAGAGCUGGGGUCCACGCUCCGCCUGAGUCCCCGGGAGCGUGCGCAGCGACACUCGGUGACUGACAAGAGGGACGAGGAGGAGGAGUCUGAGAGCACCGCCCUCUGACACGCGCCCGCCCACCCCACACCCUGUACAUACACACGUGGGCCCCAGACUCGCCGCCAGGAGCAGCGUCCCCGAGCUUGCCGAGCGUUCUCCGUUGGCUCUUCCCUGUCACUGCCAACGUGAGGUUGGGGUUUGGCAGAAAAUUGUGAUCUCUGGUCUGUGUGGCAAUGCUGGUGGUGCAGAUUGUGUUUUUUUCCUUUCGGGUGGCGACUUCGGCCUUUGUUUUGACCUUUGCCUUUUGACUUUGUGCCUAUUUUGAUCUACAUUCAGCCUCCGUGCCCAGCAACGCCCACCUCUCCACCAAGGGUUUGUCAGAAACGUCAUUUGCAGGGUGGGGUGGUGCGGAAGAGGGUCGAGUUGACUGGUUAGACCCGUGGGCUGCUGCUUUCCUCGGACAGCUAAUGUCAGGUCCUGCAACGUCUGCGUAAUGGCUACAGAAAGGGAGCAGGACAGCAGGGACCUCACACUUACAACUGUGCCAGGUCCGGGCUUCUGGCCGUCCUGGGGCUUUGCAGCUCCCUGGCGGAGGGCUCACCACCGUGGAACCUUUCAGACAGCCCCUAACCAGUGUGCUCCAAAGCAAAUGGCUUAAAACAAAGUUUGCUUCAUUUCCUAAGUUUUCUUUUUCCCCACCAUGUGGCUGAAAGCUGCCAUUACUCCCUGUCACUUCAUACUUUCGACUGUAAAACACGAUCUUGACUGUAUCUUGAAGGUAGUCCCCUUCCCCCCAAAACAUUAGCUGAGAGUAAUUCUACCCCUCCAGGCACCUAGAGGCACUAGUAUGUGAGGUCCUGGAGCCCACCUCUGCUUUCUGGAGGUUACAACUGAAUAGCAAUAACUGUUACCCAAAGCAUGUAGAGGAAAGAAAGUGAAACCAGCCACGGAGACACCGCUGCGUGUGGCCUGCUUUGCUCACCGGCCUCUGCCGCUCAUCCCUUCUCAUGAGUCCCAGCUGGUCCCAGGACGAGGGCCAGGACGGCACCGGGGAGCCUCUCCACACUUGGGGAUUAAGGCAGUGAGAAAAGAUUUGGGCUAUGCAUGCAAAGUCAAAGUUUAAAAUUUUAUCCUUUUAAAAUAGAUAUAAUAUACCUAUAUAUGAUAUAAUAUUUGUAUAUAUGAAAUCUCUCUAUAUUUGUUUAAUUUGAGCCAGUCAAUCUAAACCAAUGUACAGGUGUACAAUGAAAAAUUUAAAUGCUUAGUUAUUUUUCCCAACACACUGUAAAGCCACCCUUCUCUGAGAGUGAGUGGGAUUUGCAGACUUUUGACGUUACGGCUUUGCUCACUUCCUGGCGAGGGCAGUUCAAUCCUCAAUUUGUAAUGGAGUCGGGGGGUGAGAGCUAUCUUUAAAUACAUGUACAAAUUGUUGUCAAAAGUAAUGUUAUUAAAAUAGAUUUAUUAUCCCUGA